AUGGCAUCUGAUGGGGUUUCCCAAAACCAUGGUUCCAAAGGGAUCAUGACUUUUUACCCCACUGUUGAGGAAUUCAAGAACUUCACUCGCUACGUUGCAUAUGUGGAGUCCCAGGGAGCACAUAAAGCAGGCCUGGCUAAAAUUGUCCCACCAAAGGAAUGGAAGCCCAGAAGCUCUUAUGACGAUAUAGACGAUUUGGUGAUCCCUGCACCCAUUCAGCAGGUGGUGACAGGCCAGUCAGGCCUUUUCACACAAUAUAACAUUCAGAAGAAGUCCAUGACCGUGAGAGAAUUUCGCAAGAUUGCCAACAGUGACAAGUUCUGUAGUCCACAUUAUGAUGACUUUGAGGAGCUGGAAAGGAAGUACUGGAAGAAUGUGACAUUUAACCCUCCCAUAUAUGGAGCAGAUGUUAAUGGAUCUCUAUAUGGCCAUGACGUCAAGGACUGGAACAUUUGCCAUCUGGACACCAUUUUGGAUACCGUUGAAUGUGAAAGCGGCAUCACUAUUGAGGGUGUUAAUACACCCUACUUGUAUUUUGGCAUGUGGAAGACUACCUUUGCAUGGCACACUGAGGACAUGGAUCUCUACAGUAUCAACUACUUGCACUUUGGAGAGCCCAAAUCAUGGUACUGUGUUCCUCCAGAGCAUGGCAAAAGAUUGGAGCGUUUGGCGAAAGGGUUCUUUCCUGGAAGUUCCCAAAAUUGUGAGGCCUUUCUGAGGCACAAGAUGACUCUCAUCUCUCCCUCUAUACUGAAGAAGUAUGGUAUUCCGUUUGAAAAGAUUACUCAGGAGGCUGGUGAGUUCAUGAUAACGUUCCCCUACGCCUAUCACGCUGGUUUCAACCACGGUUUCAACUGUGCAGAAUCUACUAACUUUGCAACCGAGAGAUGGAUCGAGUACGGCAAGCAAGCCGUUUUGUGCUCGUGCCGUAAAGACAUGGUAAAGAUUUCCAUGGAUGUAUUUGUAAAGAAAUACCAGCCAGAUCGCUAUGAACAGUGGCUGGCAGGGCGAGAUGUGUUACCCAUUGACCACACACGGCCCACUCCAGAGGCCAAGGAGUUCUUGGGGGAGUCCUUUAAUGACAUCACCUGCAACAGUAACUCCAUGGAGAGCUGUGGGGAGGACGGAGAGCGGAAGAGCACUACACACAGGAUAGAGACCAAGAGACACAGAGUGUGUCUGGAGGUGCCUGAGGAGGUUGUUCCCAAGGAUGAAGAUGAGGAAGAUGUGGAGCAGUAUGGGAAGCGUCCAAGGCUAAGCCUUAUCCCUCCACGUACUAUGUCACAAGAUGGCAAGAAAAUGAAAGGCCCACCAAAGUUGGUUGUCACACCAACCAAGCUCACAUUAUUGGAUCCAUUUCACAGGAGCUUGACCCAAAAUAACAGCGAUGUAAGUCGCCCCCCACAUUACACCAAGACUCGCGCCCCUGCGAUCUCGUCUCAGUCGCAGCCCAGAAACGGACAUCUAUCAGUGUCAGCAGCACCUUCAUGGACAGAAGCCACCACUCAGCCUUCCCGCAAAAUGGGAGUAGCCAGCCUGCUCUUCCACAGGACUCUGAGUCCAAAAGACGCUCUUCAAGUGCACGGCUACAAUCUCGAGAAGCAGCAGCAGCCUCACACACAGCUGCAGGUGCACAGCUAUGCCAGAGAGCAUCAACCCCGUCACCUCCAACACAAAGCCUGUACACCUUCACUCGCACAGGUCCAGCCGUUGCCUCAGGCACCAAGCUGUGAAAGAACGGAGCCACAGUCAGAAUCCAAGAUUGUUCUUCCCGAAGCAGCGCUGAAUGAAUCAGAAGCACAGAGUCUUGUGGAGCAGGACCAAGCGGAGGACAAACCUGAAAUAUCAAUGCCUGUUGAGGAUCAGGCUGAAGUGGAGCCCACUUGCAAGUCUGCUUCCUCUCUGACUCAAACACCACUCAAAGAGUUGAGCAAAACAGAGAUGGAGGCCCCCAAGCACAAGCGAAAGAGUAAGCAAUCCCCCCUUGUGGAUAGUGGCAUUAUCAUCCUGAAUGACACCAUUCCUGUCAGGAAACCAGUCGCUGGUGAGGUGAAGGUGGUCGCUCAGAAUCAUCACCAGGUGUCAGAAGAGCAGUCAUACUGCAAGUCGGUUGUGAAGAAGCAACAGCAGCAGGCUCAGCUCUGUAAACUGCCUCGUCAUCACCCUCUCGUCAGAGAGGUGCACAGUGACGAUGAUGAGUACAUAAAUGUGGAGUUUGAGCAAGUGGAGAAAGAGGAGUGGGCGAAGCCGCUGACCCAGCUGUGGCAGAGUCGGCCGUACAACCCUCGGGCAGAGAGAGAGUAUAACAAGAGCAUGGGCAAGAAGGCCCCCUACUGCUCCAUCUGCCUGCUCUUCCACACUUACCAUCAGUCCGAGUCCAGUAGUGGGAGUUCCAGCGUGACGUUGGUAACCGGUCCAGGGGGCCGCCAGUGGUCCAAGCCGCUCAUCCCUGAAAUGUGUUUCAACACCCAGUCUAGCAAGAUGAAUGAUAACGGGGAGGGCCAGCUGUCUAACCCUCAUGUAGCAGAGGACGGGACCAGCCGGCUGGUCAGCUGUGCUCAGUGCUGCGUCCGCGUACACACCAGUUGCUAUGGUGUGUCUGGGGAUGGAGCAGAGCGAGACGACUGGCUGUGCGCCCGCUGUGAGGCUGAUGCCAUCACCAAGGACUGCUGCCUUUGUUCGAUGAGAGGCGGCGCUCUGCAGAGAGCCAACAACGACAAAUGGGUUCAUGUGCUGUGUGCCAUCACUGUGCUGGAAGCUCGCUUUGUCAACGUCACUGAGCGAGGCCCCAUUGACCUCUCUGCUAUUCCACUGCCACGGUUCAAACUGAAGUGUGCAUACUGCAGGAAACGGAUGAAGAGGGAGGUGAAUGGCUGCUGUGUCCAGUGCUCCCACGGGCGCUGCUCGACGGCGUUUCACCCCACCUGCGCUCAGGCAGUCGGUAACCUCAUGCACCCAGAGGACUGGCCAUUCAUAGUCUUCAUCACCUGCCACAGACACAAAAUGCCCCUCAUACCUGAGCGCAACAAGGCUUCCAUGCGUGAGCUGGCAGUUGGGCAGAGGGUGAUCUGUAAAUAUAAAAAUACCCGUUAUUACCACAGCGAGGUGGUGGAACUGACAACAGCCACCUUCUACGAGGUCGUGUUCGACGACGGCUCCUACAGUGACAACCUCUUCCCAGAGGACAUCCAGAACCGUGACUGCGUCCGCCUCGGUCCGCCCACCGAAGGUGAUGCCGUUCAAGUGCGAUGGACAGACGGGUUGAUAUAUGGAGCCAAGUUUAUGGCGUCGCACUCCAUCCCCAUGUACCUGGUGGAGUUUGAGGAUGGAUCACAAAUCAGUGUGAAGCGAGAAGAAAUCUACACUCUUGAUGAGAAUCUGCCCAAACGAGUGAAGUCACGACUGUCGGUGGCAUCAGACAUGCGCUUCGAGCUCUUCUCACAGGAUGACGUCAAACAGAACUCCAAAAGGCAGCGAGUCAUCAACUCGCGGUACAGAGAGGACUACGUCGAGCCAGUCAUUUACCGAACCAUCAUGGACUGAUUUCUCCUCCUCCUCCACCUCAUCAACUCAGCGCAGAGAGAUGCAGCUCCGGGUCUUUGUUUCUCUCUGUUCUUCUGUGGCUUGUCAGGCUACAUAUUUAUGAACUACGGCUGGGACUUUAAAUGACUUUUGUGUGCAUUGAAUUAUAUUCUUUGACCUGCGUUUCCCAUCACACUCUGUAGAUCAUCCAUUUCAUGUUUUCAUUUCCUUUUUCUCAGGAAGAAGCCAUCAAUGAAUUAUUAAAUAUGGAAAAGGUUCGACUAUCUAAUUGGGGCAAGAUAUAAUUUUUUCCCUCUACCACCACAUUUAGACUUUAUGAAUUAUACAAUGGACAGGUUUUCUACUUCAUUGACAUUUCUUCUAUAAAUGACCUUUUCCUCUCGACUUGCAUCCUGAUUUCAUAAUAAUUUAUCAUAAACUUUGCAGUAAAGAACAAUUGUGAGGUUUUAUAGGAAGGGUCAGUUUUUUACUCAUGAGGUUUAUCAAAGGCAGAACUUUGAGCCAAUCAGCUGUUGACGACAACAACUAUUUUAUUCAUCAAGAACUGUGUUAACCCCAAAGAAAUGAAAUGAUAUCUCGAGGUCAUCUUUUGACACGGCUUUAGAUUGUAUUUAUGAAUCAUGUGAUGCGAUGCAUGGAGUGAUAAGUAAUUAUUCUCAUAAGUGUGUCAACGUGCGGCUACUGUGAAGAUAGAAGAAAACUAGACAUGAGUUAAAGGCCCAUGCCUUAGAUUUCAAAGGGCCACGCAUACUUUGUUUUUUCUAAAGCUUAAGGUUUAUUAUAACGAUUGUAAUUAAUGUUAUUAUUACACUUUAUUUAUGCGAGUACAUUGAGUUUAAAAACAAAGCUAUUUUUGUCAUGUCCUUUUCACAAUCUGUAGAAAACGUAAGAUGCAUUUAUAUUUAUUAUAUUGAUGGUUUUCAGACAUCCUGAUUACAUGUCGGGACUCGCUUUUCCUGUGUUGGGAUUGUAGAGUGUGAAUGGUGAUCUGGCCUCUAAGCAAGAAGCACUUAUUUUUACCUCCUGCCUGCCACGGGAGAUUUACCAUUUUGUCGACACAUGGCCUCCACCAAGAUUAGAUUUUUUUUAUUUUUUGUGUUUCUGCUAAAAGUUAGCUCUAGAGGUGAACAUUGUAACCAGGUUCUAGGUUCAUCCCAAAUAAAUGAAAAUACGGAGAUAA